AUGGAAGAAUACGUUGAGAAAUACGAGUUUGAAGAACCCAGGGAGUUCAAAGAUAAAAAUGUCUUUACACACGGGCUAUUCGAAUCUAAUGCUAUAAUCUUUGGCUUUCCUGUCACGUUUCAAUGCAUGAUGAAUACUCUUCUCCGUCUAUUAUCAACAGUUUUUAGAGCUGCACCAUUACAUGAUCUAGUAAAAAAUAUAUUAGUCAAACAGCAGCACGCUUUCGAAGAGUUAAAAGAAAGACUUAUCACAGCGCAGAUUCUGAUACACUUCAACUUUUCAAAGGCGUUCACCUUGUUCAUGGACGCAUUCACUAUUGGGUUGGACGUUAUACUAUCCCAGCGUGAUCAAGAGAACCGUGAACGACCUCGCGGUGAUUUGGGCAGUUCAACAAUUUCACCAGUACCUACAUGGACAGCCCUUCGAAAUAAUAAUGGAUUGUAUCGUGCAAUUGGUGAUUCUACCAAUCCUACAACAGAAAAUUAUCAGUUAGUAGGAAACAGGAAGUAUUGGGGAAAACGGAAAGGGACUCGAUAUAAUGAAGACAAAGGAAAAAGAACAAUGGAUCUUAUCAUAUUUAACAACAUUUACCAAUUCUUGGACACUGAAGAAUUUCGUGCUGGCUUAUCAGCAGCUGCACUAAAAUGGAUCAGACAAAUGGCAAAAUCCUUCC